AUGUCUCCUUAUAUGAAAUUGGUGAAAGGUGCAACAAAGAUUAAAGUGGCACCUCCAAAGGAUAAAUACAUGGUUCCAAUUUUAAAUGCCAUUGAUAACCGCGAAGAAUUUAAUGAUAUCAUAUAUGAUAUUCGUGUACGUAUUGGUAACAACAAACAACAAUGGUCAAUUGUAUUUAAAUCUCUGGUUGUGAUACAUAUGAUGACACAAGAAAAUCCAAGAAUUGUAUUUGAUUAUUUAUCUGCCAAUUUGGAAUUUUUUAAUAAUAUGCAAGUGAAAAUAUAUAAUAGCAAUAGGAAAUGGGCUACAACAGAUUUAAGUGUAAUGAGACGAUAUUCUGAUUAUUUAGAGUGUCGUUCUGUUGAGUGGGAUAUAAUGAAAAGAUAUUCAAGUGAAUCGCGUCCAAGUAAUAAAGAAAGAUUACGUUAUGUUCAAUCAUUGGAAAGACAAAUAUUAAAAUUAUUAAGAAAUAAAUAUUCUCAAAUUGAUUUAGAGACAGAUUUAUUUUUUUUCACUUAUAAACUGUUAGUUAAAGAUUUAUUAUCACUUUAUAAUAAAUUAAAUGAAGGCGUAAUUAAAUUAUUAGAAUCUUUCUUUGACUUAGCUUAUGAAGAUGCAGAGAUUACAUUAGAUCUUUACAAAAGGUUUGUUGAUGUUACAGAAUCUGUUGUAACAUAUCUACGUGUUGGUAAGGCUCUAGGGUUAAAUAUUCCUGUUAUUAAACAUAUUACAACAAAAUUAAUUAGAUCAUUGGAAGAUCAUUUACACGAUAGAUCAAAUUAUACAUCUAAACAAACUCCAAGAUUUGAACAAAAGCGAGAACCAUCAAGACAACAAAGUAUUGUUCAAAAUGAUGAUGAUGAUAAUAAUAAUAAUUAUAAUAAUGAAAGAAUUGCAUCUACUGCGGCACAACACAAAUAUGAUGAAGUACAAGAAGAAAAACGUAAGUUACAACAACAAUUACAACAACAACAAUAUUUAAUUUCACCAUCUACAAUGUCUAGUAAUAAUCCAUUUUCGCCACAAGUCGACCAAUUUUCAUUUGAACCACAACCACAACAAGGAUUACAAGCCACAGCCACUGGUAAUCCUUUCUUAAUGCAACAACCUGUUCAAGUUUCAUAUACUAAUUCUCAAUACAUGAACGCUAGUCCCGUAACUAAUGCACCACCCAGUUAUUCAGUUGCAAAUACACAAGUUCAAGGCCAAUCAUUAGCACCCGCUAGGACUACAAGUAUGAUGAUCAACAAUCCGUUUGGAAUGGAUGUUCUUGCUGAAAACCCUGGAUUAAUGACGGACACAACUACAGGCAUCACAUACAUGCCCGUUCCAGUCCAGAUAGCUGCAGUGAAUCCAUUUGAACAAUCUUCAUCCUCACAACAACAACAACAACAACAACAACAAGCGCCUUCGGGACAUACAUUAAGGCAGGAUGACAGUCUUGUAGACUUAUAA